ACUCCCCCAUUAGGUGAAUUUGAGAUUGAGAGAUUAAGCCCCUGAUUGUUUCCUCUGCUUGUCUAUCCAUUUCAGUGGUUCUGGGGAAUUUCAGUUGAUUAUUUCAGCUAUUAUGUUAAUUUCCAAGACUAGUUACCUUCUGAUUUCCCCUUUUUUAUGAUAUAGACAGCUAAGUUAGAUAGAAAUUAAUAUACAAGCACAAGGUACCAAAAAAAAAAAACCCAAAUAAAUUAAUAUAAAGUUUGAGAGGGACUGGGUUCUCAAGUCAGCACAAAAAUAAAGACAUCAGAAUUGUAACUGGAGAUACAUCUGAAGAAGGCCCUACCUCAAGAUAAAGAUUCAGUGGCUAGGCCUACAUUUCUCCCUAAAGAACAAAGAGGAACUUGAAAUUAUACUGCAAUUAGAAAAAAUUAGUUCAAUAAGUCCUGAUAGGCAUCAGAUGCCACAGUGAGUGGCCAGUGCAUCUGGACCCAUCCCAACACAAAGAUGUCUUUGAUCUUCACAUGUACCCCUUGCUGAGUGAUUCAUUUCCCUACUGGAUCACGAUUAGCUAAGUAACUAUACUCGUAACCCUAUAGGUUCAUUGUAUGCACAAUGUUGUUGUGGCAAUGCUGUAUAAAUGUAGGUCCUUCAUGCCUACCUCAUUUGGAACCCCUCCUGGCAAUCCAGUAAAACUCUCUCCUUAUGUCCAAUAAAACUCCUAACUUCUUCGUUUGGUUUGUGAUUUCAUUCCUGUAUGUUGUGGGACCAUGAACUUGACACAUUUGACAUCUAACAGGUCAGGAAUUAUAUUUCCCCUAUUUCAAUCCUCUUGUUUCAAGUAGUAUUUUUUGUUAUCUGAGGAUGUUGUUUAAAAUGUUUUUCUGCUUUCAGCAUACUUUCUUAUUUUUCCAUGGUCCCUUUUGUUUAUUUUAGUGUGUUUUUCAUAUUGCAGGCUUUCCUUAAUCAUCUGGUGACCCUUGGCUCAGCUACUUUGACAUUUAAAAUGGAUACACUAGAAAGCAAAUUGAUGAUUAGACAGGCCAGUAGAUACACAGAGAACACUUUAAAACCUCGCCAGGAAAUGAAGUUAAAAAAACUGGAAGAGCGCUUUUAUCAAAUGACGGGUGAAACCUGGAAGUUAACCAGUGGUCACAAACUUGGGGGUGAUGAAGAUUUGGUGCUUGAAAACAUGGGCCAGACAUCUUUUGAAACAUCAAACAGAGAAGCCGCUAAGAGACGAAAUUUGCCCAAUCCUUCAACCCAAGUUCCGCCACCUGCUGCCCACCCCUUGCAGAAAGAGGUUCCUGACUUACCUGAAGAACCUUCUGAAACAGCUAAGGAAGUAGUUACUGUUGCUCUGCGAUGUCGAAAUGGGAAAAUCUUGAGGAGAAGGUUUUUUAAGUCUUGUAGUUCACAGGUUUUAUUUGCCUGGAUGGUGAAAAUUGGGUACCACACAUCCCUAUAUAGCCUUUUCACUUCCUUUCCCAGAAGACUUGUGGAAGUAGAGGGAGGCUGGUCACUGGCUGACAUAGGAGUAACUACAGAUACUCUACUCAUCGUGGAAGAGAAAGAACAGAGCAAUUAGUAAAGAAAUGAGAACUACCUGUUCUACAUUAAACCAGUUAUACUGUGUGACCUAACAGUUCAGGAACAGAUGUUAAAAUCAUGCUGUACCUUGACUAAGCUUAAGGCAGUAAACACUUUAAAUUCAUAACACAUAGGAAUAUACUGGUGUAAAGGAUUGAAAAAGAUUAAUAUCUGCAUGUAUGUUUUGGAAUGUGCCAUCUUAUAAUGUACCAAAUAAGAAUGGGGUAACAGGACCAGGGAUUUAGCUCAGUUGUUCCACCGGCUGCCUCCCAAGCGCAAGGACCCGAGUUCGAUCCCUGGUACAAAAAAAAAAAGAUUCCGGUAACAAUAUAUGUAAGAAAGCACUUAACUUAUAUUUCUUCACAACUGCCAUCAUUUCUGUUAAAAACAUUUUUGGGGGCCGGGGAUUUGGCUCAGUGGUUAUGCCGCUUGCCUUGCAAGUGCAAGAUCCAGAGUUCGCUCCCCGGUACCAAAAAACAAAACAAAAUAAAACAAAAAACCCAAAAAACAUUUUUGGCUUCUGCCUCUUUAAUCCUGAACCCCAUAGUGACUAUUUUAUAAUUCAUUCAGACCUUUAAAAUCAUGUAAGUAGGAGUCUUUAUUCUACAGUUAUUUCAAUUUAAAAACUUGUCUUUACUGUUCUUGUGAAA